AUGCACCUCGAUACUCGCGCGACCGACGUCCGACCUCUACGUCCGAGAGCAAAAGCCAAGCUCGUCAACCUCAAGGAGCUCUCCAUCGGGCUCAACGGCUAUUUGCCACAGAAGUUCCUCCAGUUCAAGACAGCCCCGUUUCAGCUGGAGAAGCUUCGUUGGACGGAUUGCCCGAAUGUCGACACUCUCAUCGUGUUCCUUAAGACUCAAACACGACUUCGUCGGCUUGAGGUGGAGCUCGAAGACAGGUGUGGAUGGCAGCAACUCCCUUCCCAGUACUGCUCCGAGUUGGAGUAUCUUAAAGGCAAUCGCGCCAUUGUAGAGACGAUUCUCCCUGGGCGGAAGGUGUCCAUUUUGGACUGGGAUGAAGUAACGCGGUGUUGUUUCGAAGGAGAGUCGUGGCCGAGGUCGCUUGUCCAUUUGUCAGAAGAGUUCGGGAACCUCAAGGCUUUGAGGCUUUUGAAAUGGGGAGACGGGUCACCGUUCUCCUAUGUGCUACCACAAUAUCUGAAAAACUUGCAGUAUAUUGCGCUGUCUCAUGAGGAGCCCGAAUUGUUUUCCAUCUUCUCGAUGCUUCCAUGCCUCGUAGGGGUCAUUUUGCCUUUUCAUUCUGCCCAAAAAAGAGACACAGGGUAUCUCAGGACGCCCUCUGAGACAGGGAAGCUCUUCAGGUGCAGCGCAACUCUCCAGUUUAUUGAUAUCCAAUGUCGGCGGGCUGGUAUCAAGAUGGUCAACGAGCGAUGGACGGCAUCCUUCGACAGACGCGAGGGUUGCAUCCAGAAGGAACUCAUCUCUUCGUCUAUUGAGGAACACAUGUACCUGUAG